AUGACUGGACCAGCCUUGGCAGAGACAAAGACCCUGGAUCCAAUGCUGUUGGAGAAUAAAGAGGGGAGGAUGAGGGGAAGAAGAGAGAGCGAGGGCAAGCCCGAAGAGAAAGGAAAAGGACACGCAGUGAAGAAGCGGAGAGAACGUCGGAGUGCAGGUGGGCGCCGUGGUCUGAUCCUCGCCUUAAGUGGUCCCCAUAAGACGACUCGGAAGACGGAAAGUGGAAGUGAACGUGAUGGGGGGCAGAAAGUGGUGACUGAGGCAGCAACGGCACCAACCGCGCCAGAAAAAAAAGUCCCAAUUGCUCCGAGGCCGGGCGGGGGCUGGAUGUCAGGCCGUGGCCGUGGGCGAGAGUGCGUGUGCCUGUGCUUGUGA